GACAACAGCUCCUUCAUCACUGAGCUCUGCACUGCGCGGGUCAACCGCCAGCAUCUUACACGCCACCGGACACCGGACACGCAGAACACAGGCCUUCUGCAGGCUCGGUGGUUGCCAAGAACAAGGACAAAGCGAGAGAACUGAAGCCAGACUUCGUGGAUCGGAUUUCUGAAUGCAUGCUGCGUCACGGCAUCGGUGUGCUCUGCAUCGAAAAGCUGUUCAACUGUACAGGAAGCUCUGCAGCACUCGGAUUUGUUUAGAGAUCCAGGUCUUUGUCAUCCACCUCUCCUGUCCUGUCCGAUCCCUGGGGGAACCGACACACUGCAGAGAUGAUAGAGGCAGAGAGAGCCCAGCAGAUGGGAUGAAAAUGUAUCGAUGAAUGUGAGGUUUUAAAAACAUAUAAGCAAGUUGUUGAAAUUUAACAUGGUGUUAAAAAACGAAUGACUGAGGAAGGUCACCAUGGCCUUAAACACAGUGUUGUUUUUUACAGUGCCUACAUUUUACGAAUUGACUCACUGCUCAGAGAGAGAAGUCCCGAGACUGGAGCAAUGACCUUCAAAAAAUCAUUCUGACAGCUGUGCUAAUAUGAUCUCCAAAGUGUCAUGUCUGUACCUGCUUACGGUGUUGUGCUGGGCCAGCGCUUUGUGGUACUUCAGCGGCACCCGGCCCAACACCUCCUACGUUGGCCACAUGUCUAUCCCCAUUCGCAAGCAGCCGCAGAGAUUGACGAAAAAUUCAACAUUCAGCAACAUCCGGACACGUACGCUCAAUCCACACACAUUCCAGUACCUGAUCAAUGAACCGAAGAAAUGCGAAGGCAACCCACCAUUUCUGCUAAUCCUCAUCAGCACCAAUCACAAGGAGUUCGACGCCAGGCAGGCCAUCCGUGAGACCUGGGGAGAUGAGAGCAUGUACAGUGAUGUUCGCAUAGUCACACUUUUUCUGCUUGGGCACAACUCUGAGCCGGUCCUCAACCAGAUGGUGGAGCAGGAGAGCCAGAUUUUCCGCGACAUCAUCGUCGAGGAUUUUGACGAUUCCUACCAAAACCUUACACUAAAGACGCUGAUGGGAAUGCGCUGGGUGGCCACACACUGUCCUGACGCCAAGUACGUCAUGAAGACUGACAGCGACAUAUUCGUUAACAUGGACAACCUUGUGCUGAACCUGCUAAGACCCAACGUUCAGCCCAGGCAGCGUUUUUUCACAGGCCACGUCAUAAACGGAGGUCCUAUUCGAGACAUUCACAGCAAAUGGUACAUGUCCAGAGACUUGUACCCCGAGAACAAGUACCCCCCUUUCUGUUCUGGGACAGGAUACGUGUUCUCUGGUGACAUGGCAGAGCUGAUUUAUAAAACGUCCCUCCAUACGCGCCUCAUUUACUUGGAGGACGUGUACGUGGGUAUGUGUUUGCGCAAGCUGGGGGUCCACCCAAUCCAGAACAGUGGCUUUAACCACUGGAAGAUGAGCUAUAGCCUCUGCCGCUACCGCAGAGUCAUUACUGUUCACCAGAUCUCGCCGGAGGAAAUGCACAGGAUUUGGAAUGACAUGUCUAGUAAGAAGCAUCUCAAGUGCUAAAAUCACCAUCUAUAGUCUGGGUGGAUGCAGUAGUCCUUGGCUAAUGUUCCAGUUCGACUAACUGUGGGUUUGAAUUAGUGGUGUCUCAGGGGUUAAUCUUCUAAGUUGGUAAUCAGAUUACAAAUUAUAGGAGUUCCAUAAAACCUACAAUCAAAGCCUAGAGCGAGGCUCUUUAACCUGCUUGGAAUGUGUCGUUUAUCAGUUGAUUUCAAUAAACGUAUUUACCAAAUUAAUCAAUGUAAAAAAAACUAAACAAAGGUAAGCAGAUAUCAUGUUCAGGAUCAGCUAAAUCUUGCCUGUCUAUGGAACUGAUAUCCUUUGGAAUAUGCAAGAAAGUUAAGUUCUAGUCGCCAAUCAGAUCCAUGUAUCGCCUGGGAAGUUCUGCCUCAAAAUUUAAGCCAAAAUUGAAUGUCGUUUUUAAUUCCUGUUCAUAAUUCUUGAUUCAGAGACAGACACAACCUCUGCCAUGGACUAAAAAGAAGUUGUUGUUUUGUUUUGUUUUUUGCUACAACUUCAUGUUUACACAGUCUUGGUGUUGCCCUCUGAAAGUGCUGAACGUGCUAAAAGAAAUAGGAACCGGAGCACCAGGUGGAAAUCAAUGCACACUAUUGCCGUUCUCUUACAAUUUAUGACCUUGAGCAAAUGAAUAUACACCAGCAAGAAUGGGAAUAAUUUGGAUACGGAUCGAGAGCUUAAUAACAGCAGUGUUAACACCAUUUUUUUCUCAAUACCCAGAUGCACUGCGAUAAAAUGGACAUCCUGCAGACACACGGUUAAGUAUCAUCCAGCAACCCACUGAACCAAAAGAGCACAAUCAACAGCAAAUGUAAGCAGACUCUAAAAUAAUAGCAGGGGUGGAUGAAUAAUAAAUGAAGUAUGAGCCCCUGCCCUACAUUUGUUUGCCUAAAAAACAGACUAGCCUAAAAAGUUGUAGCUAGCAUAAUAUACUAGCGUACUGGCAAUAUAAUUAGCUAGCUAAGAGUAUAUUGUUAUUAAUCUCUGAUAGCAAUUUACAAUUUAGCAUAUGGGGUUUUUGGUGCCCUCAGCAAGUUGUACUACAAAUGGCUGAGAGAUAUGGUGUCCUUGUAUCACAUAGGAAUGAUAUCUUAGGUUUAAAAAUGGCAACUUUAUGAAAGGUUUUCAUCUUUAUAAAUUCUUUAUAGACCAUGAGUCAACUGUUUAUUGAAGGAUUGUUCCCUCCAAUGACUUUAGUUUUUUCAAUGCUCUAUAUAGAGGAGGGUUUUUCCGGGCAACUCUGAAUAAAAAUCAAAUAGCAAGGACAAAAAUAUGCACACCGAUUCAUUCGCCCCUGUGUUAUAGCUGUUUUCUUGCUGUUGAAGGAAAUCUUCUUGCUUGAACAAAUGUAAAAAUACAAACAUAAAACAAUGUCUCGCGAUUUCAUAUAUGAUCUUAGUGCAUCCAGGUGUUGAUCUUCCUAAUGAGUCAAACACUCACUUUCAUUGAAAACCUAUGAGACGGUAAAGCAUUAAUCCCAGAUUGUUUGACGUUUAAGACGUGUAUAUUUUGCGAGCAGCUUUGCAAAGUAGUAGAGCUCAGUAGUGAACCCUGAAAAUCACGAGGCGUCAAUUUAAACCAAUGAAUUCACCGAUCAUAUGGACAUCAGCAUCACAACCAAUACGCACAAAUAGUGAAGGCACUUACAAUAACAUCUUUAGGUAAUGCAUUAGUAAUCUAUACUGUAUAUCCUACAGAGCAUACAGAUGCACAAGUUCUGCUGCUAAUUCAGUAAAUACGCCUUCAAGCUUCUACAAUAUGCAAACGAUUAUCUAAAGGUAUUCAGACCAUCCCUGAUUAUUAUCAUCAACACAGCGACUUUUAGACUUUUACAGUAUUAGCGUUUUCUUCCGAAUGCUUUUAAGGAAAACUGUUGGUGAUUGUAAGUACUAAAUAUACAUUAAUCAGUAUUAAGCCACGAUCAGAGAUUUGUAAAGUAGAUUUUUGCUACACAUUGAAAAUGUACUUAUAAUCUUAUAGGUAAUAAACUUACAGUAUAAUGUUGGGACUGUAGAUCCAACAAUUUUGUUUUUAUAAGAAUGUGCUAUAAAGUAUAUUCAAAAUUGUAUAUACAGUGCAAAGGUUUGUAUUAAUAAUACGUUUAGGAAGAAAUGGAAAUGCACCAUUAUAUUGAAAUCUAUCUUUAAAAAAUGACAGAAAUAUUAACACUUUUUAUUUUAUUUUGAGAUUCUAAUAUAGUUAAUUUCCAACAAGACUUUACAGGCAUAAUGAGAUCAGUACUGGUAUUAUUGCUAAUUUGCUAUUCUAUAAAGCCGGUAAUGGUAUAUAUCAGGGGUCUCCAAACUCCAACUGGUGGGCUGGUGGUGUGUGUCUGUAGGGGUGGUGCUUGGUUUUAUGGUUGAUAUAUAUAUAUAUAUAUAUAUAUAUAUA